GUAGGGUUAGUGGGCUGCAAGUGUCGGGUGCCCCAGCCUUCUCCACGGCUUCGCAUCCCCUCUACCCGCUCGCUCGCAGCGUGCGGAUGAGUGGGAGCGCGGGGCUGUGCGCGCACGGCUCUCGGCCUCCCGCUCCCCGGCCGCGGCCGCUUCCUCCCACUCUGCCUUCUCCCGCUCAUUGUGCCCCUGACCGGACCCGCACCUCGCCGGUGCCCUUCACUCGUCUUCCGCGUGACUUCCCCGCCGCCUUUCUCGACCUCCUGGGAAUGCUAAAACGGGACUGAUGGACGUGUCCGAACUCUGCAUCCCGGACCCCCUCGGCUACCACAACCAGCUGCUGAACAGGAUGUCCGCAGACGACCGGCACCUGGGCUCCAGCUGUGGCUCCUUCAUCAAGACAGAGCCGUCCAGCCCGUCCUCGGGCAUUGAUGCCCUCAGCCACCACAGCCCCAGCGGCUCGUCGGACGCCAGCGGUGGCUUUGGCCUGGCCCUGGGCACCCACGCCAACGGUCUGGACUCGCCGCCCAUGUUCGCAGGUGCGGGCCUGGGAGGCACCCCGUGUCGCAAGAGCUACGAGGACUGUGCCAGCGGCAUCAUGGAGGACUCGGCCAUCAAGUGCGAGUACAUGCUCAACGCCAUCCCCAAGCGCCUGUGCCUCGUGUGCGGGGACAUUGCCUCUGGCUACCACUACGGCGUGGCCUCUUGCGAGGCCUGCAAGGCUUUCUUCAAGAGAACCAUCCAAGGGAACAUCGAGUACAGCUGCCCAGCCACCAAUGAGUGCGAGAUCACGAAACGGAGGCGCAAGUCCUGCCAGGCCUGCCGCUUCAUGAAAUGCCUCAAAGUGGGGAUGCUGAAGGAAGGUGUGCGUCUUGACCGAGUGCGUGGAGGCCGCCAGAAGUACAAGCGGCGGCUGGAUUCAGAGAGCAGCCCAUAUCUGAGCUUGCAAAUUUCUCCACCCGCUAAAAAGCCAUUGACCAAGAUUGUCUCAUACCUACUGGUGGCCGAGCCAGACAAGCUGUACGCCAUGCCCCCACCUGGUAUGCCUGAGGGGGACAUCAAGGCCCUCACCACGCUCUGUGACCUGGCAGACCGGGAGCUAGUGGUCAUCAUCGGGUGGGCCAAGCACAUCCCAGGUUUCUCGAAUCUUUCCCUGGGCGACCAGAUGAGCCUGCUGCAGAGCGCCUGGAUGGAGAUCCUCAUCCUGGGCAUCGUGUACCGCUCGCUGCCCUACGACGACAAGCUGGUGUACGCCGAGGACUACAUCAUGGACGAGGAGCACUCCCGCCUGGCCGGGCUGCUGGAGCUCUACCGGGCCAUCCUGCAGCUGGUGCGCAGGUACAAGAAGCUCAAGGUGGAGAAGGAGGAGUUUGUGACGCUCAAGGCCCUGGCUCUGGCUAACUCAGAUUCCAUGUACAUCGAGGACCUGGAGGCCGUGCAGAAGCUGCAGGACCUGCUGCACGAGGCGCUGCAGGACUACGAGCUGAGCCAGCGCCACGAGGAGCCACGGAGGACGGGCAAGCUGCUGCUGACGCUGCCCCUGCUGCGACAGACGGCCGCCAAGGCCGUGCAGCACUUCUACAGCGUCAAGCUGCAGGGCAAGGUGCCCAUGCACAAACUCUUCCUGGAGAUGCUGGAGGCCAAGGUCUGACGGCCCGCCCACAGACCACGCCCACCCAUGGACAGACCAAUGACGGACCGCGGUGGAGCCCUCACAGCCACCAGCCUCCACCUCGACCCCUGUAUCAUGGCUCUAAGCUGUGCCAGCGGAGGGGCCUCCGCCUCCUGGCUGUGUGUGCAGACUCCUGGGUGCAGUGGGGUGGGUGGACGGGGACGGGACAGGACGGGAGGGAAGGGGCGUGGGGCUCAUCUGUCACCCGCUUUUUCUUUGGUAUGUCUUUCCUUCUCACCAGCAGUGCUCAGGCCUGGCCCAGGGCUGACGCCCCUUGGGACUGGAGACCAUCAGAGGAAGUGCCCACUGUCCCUGCCAGGCCACCAGGAGGCAGCGGGGCAUUUCCCGGCCCUCCUGGGGUGUGGGGCCUGGGUGGGCAGUGCUCAGGGCAGGUGGAGGGCAGGUCCUGGGUUCAGCAGCAACUCCCGGAGGCCCUGCCUGUGCCUAGGCCCUCAGCCUCCCUCUUCACGAGGCUCACACCUUCCACAAUCUAGAUGGCUGCCUCCUCCUCCUCUCAGCCCCCCACCCCCCCACACACAGCAGGAAACCUGGGUGUUCCCAGGCUAGAUAGAAUGCCUGGGCCACUGCCUCUGUGCCCUCCCACCUGCCUGCCACUCAUCUUCCUCCUCCUCCUCUCCUUUCUCAGGAGGCCCCUGCCCCACCUCAGCUCACUCAAAGUGACUUCAGCCAGCAACAGUGACCCCAGGGCUCAGGGAAGAGCCGGGGGCUCCUCUGCUUCAUCCAUCCUCCUCCUCCUCCUCCUCCUCCUCCUCCUCCUUCAGAGCAGGUGCAGACCAGAGGGCUGGUGGGAAGUUUCCGCCCAAGGGCCUGGGGGACUCUCUAAGGCUGGCAGUUGUGGGAGAGGUGGGGGCAGGUUGGGAAAGACCCCAACCCACCUUUGCCCAGAACACAAAGAAUCAGCAGCAGAGAGCAGGUGCAGGUGCAGGUGAGCCCUGGAGAUGGGGUCCAGGGGGGCCCAGCUGCCAGUUCCUUUCUGGCUCCCCGGGCAGUGGACCCCAGAGAUACCCAUCCUCUGCAUUCCAUAGGGUCAGGUACACAAGGGCCACCAAGGAAAUUUGGUGGUAGCUCUCCUGGCCAGCUCUGGGCAGGAGAGGGUCUUGCUGCUACAUAGGGGACCUACCAACCCCCUUUGCCCAGGACUUUCCCAGUUUUAACCAGGAGCAUUCUGUGUCCCAAGAAACCCCUCAGGCCAGGCACAUGGGCACAUUUCAGUGGCUGGCCACUCAGGUGGCAUCUCUGAAUCCUUGCACCUGGUGCUCAGGGGGUGGCCGAGGGCAGCCUGGAGGAUCUGGGGUGAAGGCAAUAAGCCUCUGCCAAUCAGCUGCCUUCACGGCAGGGGUCAGAGCAGACCCUCCAGGGACACUGCGAGUCCCCAGCCCACGCCUUUGUAACUCCGCCUCCCCUUCCUGGGAGAGGCAGGCAGAUCUCUGUUGUCUGGGACACCAGGUGUCUUGUCCAGCUUUUCCGUCAGAAGAGGUUGCUGUUUCUAGGGGACACCAGGUGGACCAGAAGCUGCUGGGCCUGAGCCACAUGAGGACAGGCUGAGGUCACCAGGAGAUCCCCCCCUUUUCUUUGGCCUGUGGGGAGUCUGAAGGCCUAAGUUGCUGGGUGAGCUGACUCCGAAGCUGCUGGUGCCCUGACCUCACGCUGCCCUUGUCCCCGACCUGGGUGGGUGUGCAUGGUCACUGCAGUCACCACCUUGGCAUUAAGGAACCCAAGCUGAACACCAGGUCAUAACUAAGGGCCAAGGCCUGACCUGGAGGGUCCUCAGCAAGGGAACUUGGGGAGUGCUCUCUGGGGUGUCCCCAGCUUCCCUGCUGCAAGCCAGAGGAGGGGUGCAGAGGGCAGCCUCUCAUUACCAGGUACCAGCUUGUCUGCACUGUCACUUCCCGUCCAAACUCAAGGGGACUUGUGCACGCUGGCAUGUGUGUCCACCUUUUCUGGGGAAAGUGCCCUGUCACACAGGCCCUGCUUUGGAGCAGGUGGGUGUUCUCCACGGGGGCACCUUUGCUGGCUUGUGCCUGGUGCUUCUGCAGAUGCCCCAAGUCAGACCUUCCCAGCAGAGUGGGGUGCAGGCCUGCCUGGGGAGCAGCUGUCACAGGAAAUGCCCCCGUUACCACGGGAACUCAACCCGGUGGGAAAACCCUGGUGUGGACUUGGGGGCCCCUUGGACACCCAGCGGAGGGCAGCGGCCGACUUGUUAGUUGUCAGCCCAGCUAGAUGUGGGAGCCGGGACUGCGAGGAGAGUCCAGGAAGCCCUGUGCCCCCAAAUCUGCCAUUUCUAGAAAAUCUGUAAAGAGGAAACGACCCUUCUCAGUUGUACACUCAUGAUACAGGUCAUUUGAAACCAACCAAGAAAUAAAAACAUGGCAAUCCAACCGCAGAGAAGGUGGUGCUGGCUGGGUUUUGUUUGGUUUCCUUGUUCCCGUCCUUUCUAAAGGUUCCCGAUGGCACGUGUGAACUUGAGGGUGUCUCCCGUUUGGGGCCUAUGUAAACUUCAUGGAUUUCCCAGGCUGCAGUUUGAGGACUGAGCCCAAGGCUCCAGGGAGCAGGAGAUCAGGGCCUCCAAGAACAACCUGCCCCAUCCUGUUGGGCCCCCUACCCUCCAGCCUCUGCCCUCCCCGGGGCCAGGGAGAGGAGCGAGGGAUGGAGACAGGCCUGUGACAAAGACCACACAAGGGACCAGAGUCUGUGCCCACAGAACAGCACCAAAGAAAAGCACUAUGUUGAAAGAUGGCUUUAUUUUCUAAUAAUGAUGAUACGGCUGGAAUGGCUUCUUGAGAUGUAUAUAUUUUUAAACGGCAGUCUCUCGUGGCCGCCUCACCCCCUGUACGUAACCCCACCCCUGUCUGUGUUCUCCCAAAGACCUCCAUGUAAAUCACAUGCCCUAGGAUUCUUCCCGCCCUGGUCCCGUGUAUCUGGAAUCUAAUAAAUAAGGAAAGCCCUGUUGGA